AUGCUUAACAGGCUUUUGGGGAAAAAGAAAGAGCAAGCGGAUGACAAAGAAGAGUCCUCGGGUAAAGAAAAUGAAAAUAACAAAGACUGUGAGAAAAGUGAUGCAUCUAAGUCUGCUGGACCAAAUAAAGUCUCUGUUCUGGAAGCUUAUGGUUUUACCGUUGGGCCAACUCUAGGUACUGGAUCCUAUGCCACUGUCAAGGAAGCCUUUUCAUCCCAGCAUCAGAGUAAAGUGGCGAUCAAAAUUAUCUCGAAGCGAAAAGCGCCAUCAGAUUAUCUGAAAAAGUUUCUACCAAGAGAAAUAGAUGUGGUCAAAAUAUUGCGGCAUCCAAAUCUAGUUUGUUUCUUGCAGUCUAUCGAAACUACUAAUAGAGUGUAUUUGGUGAUGGAAAUGGCGGAAAAUGGGGAUCUUUUAGAAGUGAUAAAAAAGAAAAAGUAUAUCCAUGAAAGACAAGCUGGGAUAUGGUUCAUUCAUCUAGUGCACGGCAUUGAUUACUGUCACCGCAAAGGGGUGGCUCAUCGAGAUCUGAAGUGUGAAAACUUGCUGUUGGACAGGCAGAACAUUUUGAAGGUUACAGACUUUGGUUUUGCUCGUGGAGGACUCAACUAUUUGUCUGGAAAAGAUUGUUUGAGUCAAACAUACUGCGGCAGCUAUGCCUAUGCACCACCUGAGAUUCUGACUGGGACGCCUUACGAACCUUUCAUAGCAGAUAUAUGGAGUAUGGGAGUUGUCUUAUUUAUCAUGGUGUUCGGGCGUCUUCCCUUUGACGAUUCCAACCACAAGAAACUCCUUAAUGAGGUGCAGAACAAAGUGGUAUUUCCAGGUGGAAAGGACUUUGUUCCAGACGAUUGCAAAGACCUCAUAUCAAAGAUCCUAGUGAAGAAACGCGAUCGUUUGUCGCUGGAAGAAAUUUCAGAGCACCCUUGGAUCAUACGCUCGGCCCCUGCACCAAGACAUGUGGCACCCGUAGUGAAGAAAGUCAGCCAGGAGAUCUCUUCAUUGGUUGCCGCUACCGCUGGAGAAGAGAAGGCGUCCUAA